UCUCUACAUAUUUCUCUCUCUCUCUCUCUCUCUCUCUAAAAAAACUCUCUCUCUCCCUCAUCAAAUCGAAGCCUUUUUGAAUCAAUCAAUCAGAAUCUCUCCUAUUUCCUGGAAUGGAUGGUAAAGGUAGAGGAGGUAGAGCUUGUGAUUCUGCAACCAUUCAAAGUGAAAAGGAGGAGAUGGACCCGAGCCUGAGGAGAGGUCCAUGGACGGUUGAAGAAGACUUCACCCUCAUCAAUUACAUCUCCAAACAUGGCGAAGGUCGCUGGAAUUCUCUCGCUCGUUGUGCAGGUCUCAAUCGAACCGGAAAGAGCUGCAGAUUAAGGUGGCUGAACUAUCUCCGGCCCGACGUCCGACGUGGGAACAUCACCCUCGAGGAACAACUUCUCAUUCUCGAGCUUCAUUCUCGUUGGGGCAAUAGGUGGUCGAAAAUUGCACAACACUUGCCGGGUAGGACUGAUAAUGAGAUAAAGAACUAUUGGAGGACUAGAGUGCAAAAGCACGCAAAGCAGCUCAAAUGUGACGUGAACAGCAAGCAAUUCAAGGACACCAUGCGCUACCUCUGGAUGCCAAGGCUGGUCGAGAGAAUUCAGGUGGCUGCCGGAGCAUCCUCCACAGCUGCCACCGCCCCCACCGCCAACGCCUACCACCUCAACACCACCGCCGACCAAUUGGUUCUGCCACCCACCGGAAUGGUACAGGUCAACCAUGGUUUCACGCCGGAGAAUUCCAGCACGGCAGCAUCGUCAGACUCGUUCGGGACCACGCCGGUGUCUGACCUGACUGAUUAUUACAAUUUUCCGGUCAACGGUAACCAGGUUAAUCAGGAUUAUUACCAAGUUAAUCAGGCGGGUUUUCAAGAAUCCCUAAUCAGCCCCUCUGGUUACAUUAACCAUGGGUUGGAUUUCCAAGCCAUGGAGCAGAACCAACAGUGGAUUGACGGCGGCAGGGACAUACCGGACAAUCUUUGGAAUGUUGAGGACAUUUGGGUCUUACAACAGCAGCUCAGCAACACUACCAUGUGAAAAAUCAAACCAAAAAUGUGGAGAGAGGGGGCAUAAUUUUAUUGUAGAGCUAGAGAUAUUGUUGAGAAACUAUACAAAUUAAUGAAUGAUUUUAGGACACAAAUAGAAUUUGUGGAGAAGGAGAGGUCAAAUUGUGGAUUAAGUCUAAAUAUGUUUGUGCUUUUUUUUUUUUCUUUUUUUUUUUUUCUGCGCUUGGAGGGUGUGGGGGUAAAUUUGUAAUUUGCUUUCUGAUAUCAUUCUUUGAAAUUGACUUUUGUACUUUUAAAGUUAAUAUUAUAUUGUUGUAGCUGUGAAUAAUUGGUUCCA